UCCCCUGACAGUACAUCAAAACUGAAGCAACAAGUAGAGGCAAGACAGAGCUUCCAUUUGUUCAAGGCUGACAGAAAGUGCCAGGAGACCACGGGCUGGAAAAGAAACUACAGACACGAUACUUCAGCAAACAUCCUAUCUGUGCUGCUUAUUCAAAGUCCCUCUUUGCCCUAUUUUUGUUCCUGUUCGCAGAAAUUCUGAUUCUGCAGUGCGAAGAGGUUUAAUCUGGACUAAAGGAAUAACAACCCAGUUCCAUAGGUGCGAGCAGGGUCCAUGGCGUCGUGGUUUCGAUGGAAUGAGCCGUACCUCCGGCAGGCUCAGAGAAGCCCCGCUGACAUGGUGACCGACACCCUGAUGCUGGAGCUGCGCUGGCAGCUGAAAGAAGCAGAGAGGUUGCAGCGGGAACGAGACAACGAGUAUCGCCGCAUCAAAACCGGCGUGGACUACAGCUGGCUGGUCAGCAGCCCCAAGAACAGCUACGACAUCACGCCUGGAGAGAGGCUGGAGCUGGAGGACGUCUGUUCCAAGAUACAUCCCUCCUUCUGUGGGGCUGUAAUCCUCAGGUUCAGGCAGCUUGUAACAGAGUAUGAACCCGAGGUCCAUGAGGUGUCUCAGCUCUUUCGCUCUGUUCUCCUGGAGGCCCUGGACAAGAUGAAAGACGAGGAGGAAGCCAAGAAGCUUUCCAGGCAGUGGAACAACAAGCGGGCGAUGAGCCUGUCGCUGAUGACCUUCAAAUCCCGUGUCAGGAUAUACCCCUUCGGCAGCGACAUCAAGACUGUCUCUGAGGAUGUGGAAAGGGGUAUGGAGCACAGCAGACGAGUGUGGAGCAUGCCAGAGUUCAGACACAAAAAGGGGGUUUGAAAGGCUGAAGGAACUGGGAGCUUGUGCUCUUAAUUAAUGUUGGUCUCUUAAGUCUCUACUGCAGUAAAACAAUGUCCAUACAGUGUAUUGUCCUAGACAUAUUUUCACCUUUUAUCUCCCCAUUUUAUGUUCAGUUAAACAUUCAGUUUUUUGUCAAAA